CAGUUGCCUUGUGGCUCAGCGGGCGGGCAAACUGCGUGUUGCUGCGUCAUCGCCAGUGGCCGGUUUGAAUGAGACUCUCGUCGCACCCGUGCUGCCGCCACUACCGCGCCUCCGCCUUGGCCGCCGCCACAGCUUCAUCGCGUCCCUUUCCCUUCGACGCCCUUGCCAGGCCCAGCCUUCCUGCGCCGCCACCGCCUUUUGCGCCGCCAUGCCGCUUUAUUCAGUUACUGUGAAAUGGGGAAAGGAGAAAUUUGAAGGUGUAGAAUUGAACACUGAUGAACCUCCAAUGGUGUUCAAGGCUCAGCUUUUUGCACUGACUGGAGUUCAGCCGGCCAGACAGAAAGUUAUGGUGAAAGGAGGAACAUUGAAGGAUGAUGAUUGGGGAAACAUCAAAAUAAAAAAUGGAAUUACUCUACUAAUGAUGGGGUCAGCAGAUGCGCUUCCAGAGGAGCCUUCAGCUAAAACUGUCUUUGUGGAAGACAUGACCGAAGAACAGUUAGCGUCUGCAAUGGAAUUACCAUGUGGAUUGACAAACCUUGGUAACACUUGUUACAUGAAUGCUACAGUUCAGUGUAUUCGUUCUGUGCCUGAACUCAAAGAUGCCCUUAAAAGGUAUGCAGGUGCCUUGAGAGCUUCAGGGGAAAUGGCUUCCGCACAGUAUAUUACUGCAGCCCUUAGAGAUUUGUUUGAUUCCAUGGAUAAAACAUCUUCUAGUAUUCCGCCUAUUAUCCUACUGCAGUUUUUGCACAUGGCUUUCCCACAGUUUGCAGAGAAGGGUGAACAAGGACAGUAUCUUCAACAGGAUGCUAAUGAAUGUUGGAUACAAAUGAUGCGAGUAUUGCAACAGAAAUUGGAAGCCAUAGAAGAUGAUUCUGUUAAAGAGACAGAUUCUUCAUCUGCAUCAGCAGUGACACCUUCUAAAAAGAAAAGUUUAAUUGAUCAGUUCUUCGGAGUUGAGUUUGAAACUACCAUGAAAUGUACAGAAUCUGAAGAAGAAGAAGUCACUAAAGGGAAGGAAAAUCAGCUUCAGCUUAGCUGUUUUAUCAAUCAAGAAGUCAAGUAUCUUUUUACAGGACUUAAAUUGCGACUUCAGGAAGAAAUCACCAAACAGUCUCCGACAUUGCAAAGAAAUGCUUUAUACAUCAAAUCUUCCAAGAUCAGCCGACUACCUGCUUACUUGACUAUUCAGAUGGUUCGGUUUUUUUAUAAAGAGAAGGAAUCUGUGAAUGCUAAAGUUCUUAAGGAUGUUAAAUUUCCUCUUAUGUUGGAUGUGUACGAACUAUGUACACCAGAACUUCAGGAGAAAAUGGUCUCUUUUCGAUCAAAAUUCAAGGAUCUAGAAGAUAAAAAAGUGAAUCAGCAGCCAAAGACAAGUGACAAAAAGAGUAGUCCCCAGAAAGAAGUUAAAUAUGAGCCUUUUUCUUUUGCUGAUGAUAUUGGCUCCAAUAAUUGUGGAUACUAUGACUUGCAAGCAGUGUUAACACAUCAGGGAAGGUCUAGCUCUUCAGGCCAUUAUGUAUCAUGGGUAAAAAGGAAACAAGAUGAAUGGAUUAAGUUUGAUGAUGACAAGGUCAGCCUCGUGGCCCCCGAGGAUAUCUUGCGGCUUUCUGGUGGCGGAGACUGGCAUAUAGCUUAUGUUCUGCUGUACGGGCCUCGCAGAGUUGAAAUAAUGGAAGAGGAAAGUGAACAGUAAUUUUAGCUAUUUAUGUUUAGGUGUGAAAUAAACGUUAUUUGUUGAUCAUUUCUAUAAUCCAGAGCUUUAGAGGAAGCUCUUUGGUGGUUUUAUGUGCGUCCCCUCAUGUGGAACAAGAGAGUGGAAGCAGACCACUCUGUGGAUCAGUCUAAAAAAAUUACAGAAUAAAGAAAAUUGCCUUUGGACUGCGCUCCCCUGUAUAAAGAUUGCAGGAAGAUAUUUUUUAAAAAGCUUAUUUCUUGCAUUAAUUUGUAAAAAUUCUGAUUUGAAAUGCCUUUCAACCAUUACCUUCUGUGAUAAAUCUUUUCUCCCUGCCUUUUCCAGCCCAGGAUUCAGCAAUCAGAUGUUUAUUGCACACCUAUUGCUCUACUUCUGUUGUUGUCGUUGCAUGGUUCAAACCACCGCUGAUUUAUAGCUGCCCAUCCUUUGCCUUAUCUAACAAAAAUUUUGCCAGGAAGAUAGAAAGGAAGUAAGUGUUUUUCUCAUUGUGUUUCUCAGUGCUGCUGCCCACAUCCCGUGGAAACAUGGGUACAAUCGAGUAUUUGUCCAGCCUGUUGCUGGCUUUUCAUGACUUUAAAAUAAAUUGUGAUCAAUAAUAGUACAUUUGAUUAUACAUUUAUUACUGUGUCUCUCUGAUGUACUGUGGUUUGUAUAUUUAACUUUGCAAUGGUUUUGUAGUAAUCAACCUUAAGAAAAAAAACUGACAAGCACUCGUUGCUUUUUUUUUAGAAAAUGAGGAGAUUUAAUAAAAAAAAAAAGGAGGGACUAACAGCUUCUGACCUCAAGUCUUUUGUCUACUGAGUGUUGAAGCUUGGGUUAAGUUUAGGUAUAUGUAAUACUAUAGUUUCUGCAGAUGGUUAGUCUUACUUUGCUGUUAAGCAUUCAUUUAAAAAAAACUUUUUUUGCCUCCUCACAUUAUAUUCUGUUCAAAAGAAAUAUGAAGUUGUAAAAGUAAUGGAGUUCUUUGGAUGCUGAAUGCAGUGACCCUCAUUGCUUUUUUCCUUGGCUCAGUUUAUGUUUGUACUUUCAUCUAUUCCCAAAAUCUUAAUGUCUGUCUCAGAAUUUAAUAGCAGUGACUUUUAAAGUGAUGGUAAAAAUACCAAGAGAAUGUGGUGUUUCGGUAUGGUAGGUUUCUUACCUUUUAACACAUUUAAUUAGUUCAUCUUUAAGAGCCUUGAUUGCUAGAUCAAGGAUCAAAAAUUAGCAAAUUUGUCUCUGAUUUUGAGUUCGAUAUGUAAAAUGAAGUUUGGGUGAUUUAUCAUGAAAUCUCCAAUCUUAUGCUGUCUUAAUGCUCUGCUGAGUACAGCACCAGUAAUUAAUAGUUUUCUAGAGAAUAAUGGCCAUUUUCGUCUCAACUUUGAACAAUGUGAUAAAAUCAGAUGGAUAGGUUUCCCUGAAAUGCUUAUUUUAUCCCCUAUUUGUAAAUAGCUUCUUCAGCUAAAUGGUAAUUAUUGACAGUCCUUAUUCCCUUUGCCUUGGAGGAGGGUGCAGAAUAGAAUGGGGAGGAGGAGACUGUAGCCAUGAGGCUUGUGAGUGCAGUUUUUAUUCUCUUACUUGGUCUGAACAAUUUUAAGGACAUAAAUUCAGAAAUCAGAAUUCUAAUUGCUAAUUUGCAGGAUGCUGCAGCUACUACAUCAUGAGGUAGGUUUAGAACAAAGUAUGUCUUGCAUGGAGUUAGGAUUUUAAAAUUAUAAUUCCUUGUUAUAAAAAUUAAUUUCAUAUUAUUUGAUCCAAAUAAGCAUUAUUCCAAAGAUUUUUUCUAAGUCUAAGAAACUGGGACUUCUAUGAGUGUUUCAGUAAGGCUGUUGUAGAGUUCAGCCUUGCACGGCAGGUCUUUGAGAAGGGAGAGCAGACCAGACGACGUCUGGGUCCUGGGCGUGCCUUGUUAGCUGUGCCGCGAGCACCAGGCCCUUUCAGUGUGGCAGCUGUGCCGGAUCGCUGUCGGACUCGCUAGGGACGGGAAGCCCAAGCACGAGUAGUUGUGGUGCAGUAAGCACUGCUUAGUCACUUUCAGGAUUCAAAACAAAUGAUCAGUGAUGCCCUGAUGCUUAUGUGGGAAAUCCUUACUAGAUGGUACUAUUUCCAGCCAUUACUACAUAGUGCUCUGACGAUUAUAGAUUACACAUCUUGAACUUCAAAACAGUCCCAGAAAUAUAAAUCUCGAUUGUAAGGACUUAAGAGGUUAAAUAAUUUUUGUAAAGCUAAAAAGACUAGGUUUUAGACUCUGCCUUAUUUCUUUUAAAUUUGGAGGUUGGCAAACGCUUUCUGUAACGGGUGGGGUGGAUGAUAAAUAUUUUAGGUUUUGCAGGCCAUCAUCUUUGUUGUGGGUACUUAACUCUGUUGUAGCAUUAAAGGAGCCACGGGGAUACUUAAAGGAAUCAGCAGGGAUGUGUGCUGAUGCGGUUUUACUUGUAAAAACAGGUAGAAAAUGGACCCUUGUUUGUUGAUCCUCGUUUUAAAGCACAAAUGACUGAGACUAGAGCAGGCAUACAGGGCUUCACAGAGUCAUUCUGGGAUUUUUCACAACAGCAUGUUAAAUUUUGCAACUACUACUGGCAUGCAGGAAACUAAUUUGGCAUAGUAUGUCUUAGGAAACACCAUGCUCCCUAAAUAGUGCUUAUUGACUUCAUUAUAAAUAUGUAACAAAAAUAUUUGACCUUGAGGUCACUUUAUUUUGGCCAUUUUCCCAACGUAUUCCCUUCUGAAACCCUGAGGUCAGUUAUCAAGAGCCAAUGUGUUCUCUUGUUCUUGGAGCACCAGCCAAACUGUACAACUGUUACAAAAAUGUUUAUUGUUUA